AAGUUAGAAGCGUUCCUGAGCAAUCUUCUUUGUUUGCAGACUUCCUACAACAAUGCCUUAGGGAAAGUUUUGAAAACAAUUCCACGCGACAAUUUCAUAUGGUCAUUCUUCUGAGAAGACAGCUCUCUCAAGAAGGUCACAUUUCUCUACCUUACUCCUCUUGGUUCGAGCAAACGUUUGUAAGAAAAGGUCCAUCUUUCUUGGAGAUGAACACAAAGAAAUCUAUCCAUUUCAUUUUCAAAAGUCUGACAGAACUCGUGCCACAUGAUCAACCGGAGUUUUUAAAGAUUCACGUCACCAAAAGCGCUCAGAUUUCUUCAAAGUUCAGAGAGAAUAUUGAUGACUAUAUUUCUUUGGCGAAAACGCGAUUACGAGAGCUGAACAUCCCCAUGGAGGAAAAUACAGGAUUAUUCUCUCAAUGCUCAACAACAAAUGAGGAAAUGAAGGUAAUGGAGCAAGCGAUGGAAGACGUUGAAAGAUGUCUUGCCAUCUACGACGAAUCAGGAAAAAUACCGAUAACAGUCAUGGAAGCAAGCAUUUUUAGAAAGCCGUAUUUUAUUGGACGCUUUCUUCCCUCUCUGCUGACACCUAGGAAGCCAACUAAUGACGUUCGAAGCCGCUUCAUUGAUGACUUGAACAGAGCGGGAAAAAUUCCCGCGCCCAUGUUCAAAUCUUACGAGAGAAAGUGCGAAAAUUGGGAAGAUUAUGCAAAAGACGUUGAAUUACUCGAUAAUGUACAAAAACUCUCAAAGUUCUUGACGAAGUUACCUAAUAUAUUGAUUGCUAUGUUGAAUACAUCCGAAAUCAAUCAAGUUGAUCUAAAAUCCUGGUUAUCUGGAUUAUCACGAAAACUGAAGGCAUUCUUUGGCCAUCAGGAGUUUACGAACAUCGGAACUGUUGAUGUUACUGUCGUCACAUCCAAAAUGGAAAAAGAACAUUUUGAAGUCUCCCACGCUGUCAUGAAUGUUUUUUGCCGCGCUUGUGCCGCUGUGCAGAGUUCUCGUUCGGAAAACGAAGAUCAAAGUAUAAAGUACAAAUUUGACUGGGUGUUGAAAUUCCUCUCCAUUAUCCUCACAUUUCCGUCUCUAGUUCAAUGUUUAUUUGUUCAUCUUUGGAGUUCAAUUUGCGUCGAGUCUCAUUUGCUGAGUGCUGAGCAUACUCAUGGACUUGCCAUUCUUGUUUGCCAUCUUUCAACCAUUAAAACUCCUUGCAAGAUUCAUUUUCAGGGAAAUUUCAAGCUUGAUGUUGCUCCUGAGCCCACGAUUCAUCAAACGCUUGUCGAUCUUAUUUACGCAGAACUUAGCGUGAAGUCGAAAACUUUGCUUCAGUUUUAUUUAAGAUUCAGUUUUCAAUAUUUGCAAUACGCAUUGGUCCUGUUUGAAGAUGUUACAACAGACACAGGGAAACUUCUCCCGGAAAAUCAUCGAACUUUUGGCUGUGCUUAUGUUCCCUUAGGAAUGUGCAAAAAAAUGGAUUAUUUAUUCAACAAGUUGAAAUUCAGAACAGGAGAAUGCGAAGAGAACGACUUAUUGAAAUCCGAUGAAGCAAAGUUGUUUGAAGUUCUUAUGAAAACCAUUAAAGACAAAGGAUUUUUGAAUCAAAGUUACACGAUGAAGCAAUGGCUGAUCUGGGAAUUGCAGAUAACAGAAGAUACUCUUCACGAUAAUGAAAGGUUGCAGUAUUAUUACUGGAUAAUUUAUGAGAAGUUCAUAGUCGCUUUAGGAGACGAAAACACUUACAUGGUGUAUCGAAAGAUUGCUCAAGAAAUUAUACUGAGCUUAUUUCAAUGUUGGACAAGCUCUGACUCGGCGAACGACGAAAGAACCAACCGAAGUUUACCAACGGAAAAACAUCUUCUUAAAAUAUUACAGGACAUUUUGAACAUCUCUGGAUCAAGUCAUACUCAGUCAAAUGUCGCUGAAACCCAAUCGUGGUUUUUAGUUUUUAUGGAAACAAUUUUUGAUGAGAUUGAAACCGAUGACGAAUCAUCGAAGGAACUGAGCCUGCGAUCCAAAGUGAUGGCGUUUGUCAGGAUAUCAACUCAACUUCCACCGUCGCUUCUACUUUCGUCUUUUGAAAUAGGAUCGGAGAAUCCUUUACAGCGAGAAACCAUUUUGUCGCUUUCGCAAUUUCUCAACAAAUACUUGAAACCAUUUCUUUUCGACAGACGUUCUUCCCUUCGAUUUUACAGUGUAUAUCUUAAAAGUAUGUGUUUUCCUUUCAAAGUUAAUGCGAUGCGUUCAAGGUAG